GCAUCACCUUCGUGCUCCCCUUCAUUCACAACAACACUCACGAACACUCUUCCACGCUCAUCGCAUCGCCCCCCGCACUUCUCUCAGAUCGAUCAUCCUCCCGGCCUGCAGUUCGACAAAAGCACAGCGCCCCUGUGCCCCGAUCGAGCAGGCCAACAACAUGCCCGUCGACAUUCUCGAUGACGGCUCAAGGCUCGAGACGGCGUGGCACGAAGCGCUCAAUGCCUCAGUCGCCUACUUUCGCGCCCUGCUGUCCAGCUCGUCGUCGUCCGCAUGGAAGCUCGUUUCGGGGCCACCCCGCCCGCCACCCACUGCGGGCUCCGUGCGCGAUGCCAAGGGUCGCUCGGCAGCCCUAGGCCGCAUCACGCCCAGCGACGUGACCGUCCACAGACGAAAUGGCAAGGGUGGCGAAGUCUUUCGCGCCGUCGUCGACGUCGAUUGCGGCACGGAUGUCAACGUCGACACCUUCCGAGGCUGUUUGGCCACACCGGAGACUCGGCCCGUAUGGGACAGCAUGGUCGACGAAGCGCAACUGCUCAACCUUCUCGACACGCAGACGCGCGUCACCAAGACGAACUACCGCCUGGGGUGGCCAUCGAGCCCGCGUGACGCGGUGACCAUCUCGCGGACGCUGGUGGACCAGCAUACCCUCAUUGAUGUCUCUACCUCUCUCCCACGUUCCCGACAUGAGCCCCCCUACCUCCGCCCCGCCCCGCCGUACGUCCGCGCCAAUGUCUCACUCCUUGCUUGGUGCAUUCAGCUUCCCGGGGUUGCGUCCCGAUCCGUCGACCCACCAUUACCAGAAGGAAAGGCUCGUAUUACUUGCUUCUGGUCAUGGAAUCCCAAGGGGACCUGGGCUGUAGGUGGCGCCGUUCCUCAACACCUUCCUUCAGUCAUUGUCGGCCUCGUUGACUUCGUCCGUGAAGGAAGCGAGAAGAUGCCUUCUCUUCUCACUUAUGGUGACAGCGUGAUAAUCUCGGACAUGAGCUACGACCCAGCUCGUGUGAUGCUCUCGACCAGUUAUAAUGUUGUCAAGACAGACGACGUCAAGGACGGGACGAAGCGACAGCUGGAAUUCGGAAUGUCCUCGACAUUAGGGUGGGACGUUCAAAUCCAGGCAAAGACACAGAAUGGGCAAGACUCGCCCUCCACAAUGUGGAAUACCUUUGUGGGGCAAUUGCCACCGCUGGUUUCGGGGUCAGCAGCGCCGAAGCGGCUGCUGUUCCGCCUGAGCCACGCGCAGCUCCGCGGCGGCGACGAACGAGUCAUCGUCAAAGUUUCCAUUGAGCAGACCGCAACUUCGCCCACUGGAGGUCGAGUUCGUAUCAAUGGAACCCCCGUGCCAGUGCAGCAGAUGGAGAGCAUAGCGCCAUUGCGUGACCUCUUGGACGGCUCGCCGGGCACGAGCGCGGUUUCCUUACCAAUAUCCACUGCUUCGGUGGACACGUCAAGAACUGGCUCGCCCCAGGGCUCCUUCGAACACCAUUCUCGAAACGGGCGCUCCCUAGCAGCUGAUAGGAACAUCGCCAGCCUCAUCAGGCGCAAUUACAUCUACUUUACGGCACUUCUGCAAGAGCCAGAACCUAAGUGGAAGCCUGUAGCCGAGUCCAAGGGCGUUUCUGUGCACCAGCUUAACUCUAUUGACAAGACACUCGUCGUGUACCGCGCUGAAGCUGUUUUCGUGGGUGUCGGGGUGUGGGACCUCUUUGCGACCAUCAUCACCCCUGGAACGCAGUCGGUCUGGGACAAGACGUUCGAAGACGCGACAUUGCUAGAGGACGUCAGCGAAUUGACAGACGUGUGGCACUUCAAGUCAAAGCCUUCGUGGCCCACAUCCGCUCGCGACUCCGUGCUCGUGCGCACCACGUACAAGUCACCCUCUUCCGUUCACAUCUUCGGCUUCUCUACAGAGGACAACGAUCUCUUCCCUGUCAUUCCUCCGUGCAUCGAUCCUAACGUGAUCCGGACCCAGAUCGACCUGCAAGGGUGGUCGAUUGAGGCACUGUCACCGAACACUACGCAAGUGACGCUGCUGGAGCAGAGCCAUCCAGGCGGGUGGUCAAACAAGUCGUCCAUACCCCAGGUCAUGAUGACGGCAUUAGCAGGUAUGGGCGAGUUUGCGAUCAAGCAUGGCGCGCCGCCAGUUGUGACACGGCUAGGAGGGGCCAAAGCGGUGUCGUCGCGCUACGAUGUGGAGAAAGAGACGUACCGCUUCGAGUAUGAGCCAGACGAAGGCCGCAAGUCCGAUUCCUCAAGCACGGCGACGGCAUUCCCUGGUUUAGCCUCGCUUCCGGAGAAGAAGGAGCCCGGCGAGGUUGACACAAUCGGCGCCAAGGUAGCGAACGGUAACGCGUCGACUGCGACCACGAUCGAGUGUGGCGUACGCUGCGACCCGGACAAGUGGUCGAACAGCGUGCUCGUGCUCAUUGACCCGCCACCGAAGAGUGUCUCUGCUCUCAAGCGUCACAGGCUGUCACCAAGUGGUGGAGGUUUAUGGCUGACAAUUGAGCACGAUGCGGCCGCUCUGGGCUUAGACUCUGUCACCCUGACAGUGCGCCGCGGUACAGCAACAACGGGCGGCAAAGCUAGCCUGACGGUCAACGGGUCCAAAUUGCGCAUCGAUAACGAAGAUCUAUCAGAAGCAGACGUUAAGCAGCUGCAAAAGCAGAAACGGUCGCGCGCCUCGAGGGCUGCCCUUGAUCAGCCCCCUGCUAUGGGUGUGCUGCGCAAACGCCAGAGCAACAUGUCGAUGCGCAGCGCGGCGCAGGACGAUGAACUUCUGAAAGCCGCAACGCAGUCAUCGCUGUUCGGCCGCAUGUCCACACCCUUCACGAAGUUGUACUCGUCAGCGUCCGAGACACGCGCAGCAUUGGUGCCGAUGGCUGGCCCGACCCCUACCCCAGCGUCGGGAAGCACGCCGGUGGACGCUGCAAUGCGUGCACUGGCCCAGCUCACGCGCAUCAACGCCGACCGUGAUGGCGAGUCAACCGACCCGUUUGGGUGGCAGCCCGUGGCGGAGCGUGACGGACUGAAGGUUGAAAAGCGAAUCGUGAGCCACGUCUCGGACAGCUUUCCGGUGUUCCGUGCAGGGCGGAUCAUCGAGGGUUUCACAGCCGAAGAAGUGUCAGCGUCCGUCUCAGCUUUCCGCAAGAGCGACUACUUUGAGAAGCCUGUACGUCUACAAACGUAUGGGUACGGCAUUACGACGUCGCACAUCGUUGCGCACACAGCAUUUCCUUUCCGGUCGCGCAGUGCCCUCGUCGCGACCGUCGUCGCACGUGUGCCCGAUAGCCCUCCGCCCUCGCCGUCGGUUGCAUCCCACGCGUCUCUGUCUACAAUCUUUCACGCAUCAUCGUCCAUGUUCGAUCCCGUGACCUUGGGUCUUGAUCCGUCAAAGUACAACCCGAGUGUAAUGCCUACGUGCAACUUCAUCCUUGAAGGUUGGAUUCUCGAGACAAUCGACCCGUACUCGCACGAGCAAUACGCGAUACCCUCCACUCGGUGCAUGUACGUUGGCGCGCUCGACUAUGGCGGUAAUAUCCCCGUGUCGGUCAACAACAUGCUCAACGGAGGCCUUCCGAGAGCGCUCCUCCAUGUCGAGAAUACGCUCAAAUCGCAGGGUCCGCCUUCUCGCUCGCGUUGGCCGACAAUGAGCGUUGCUACGCCCGAGCCUAGCACGCAGGGUCCCUGGGCGUUGGACGGCAUUGAGCCGUACAAAGUACCGAUCGACCAGGUCAUCGACGGCGACGACUAUGUUAUUACCGUGACUGUGCAGCCGCCGACGGGCCGCGACGACAAGCUGCGCCCCGCCCUCUCGCACAGUGAUAGCAAGAGUUCGAUGGCAAGCAGCCGCUCGCACCUCGUUGACUACUCGGAGGACAUCAGGCGUGGACGUCGUGAUCUGAUUGUGGCAGAGAUUGACGUCGCGGCCGAGCUUGUCAAGAGUGGGUGCGAGAUUGCGAUUCGCGCUGUCUCGUUGCCGGAAGCAUACCACGGUUUGGGUGGCACCGAUGUCACCGCCUUACCCUUGGACUAUCCCGGCGACAAGCUGGGGAUGCCGUUCAAGUGCUCCGUAAUCUCGCUUGCGCCCUCGGUUCUUCAGACGGCCAGCCUUGACCCGACGUCGCAGACUCGCCACUUGCUGCGUGUGACACUCCCGACGUCAGGCUAUGAGGCGCCGGUCAACGACCCACUGACGGGCAAGACGGCACCACUUCCGCGCCCACGCUGGUUGCUGGAUUUGAUUAAUGACGGAGCGGUCGUCCAAGUCCGCCUGUUGCCGCGCCGUUCCAAUCCUCCAGCGUACAUGUUUGAAGGUGUGGAGCUCCCCGUUGAGGACGAGCGGAAGAGUCCUCGGCAGAAGGAGCCAGUGAAGCUCAAACUACCGCAGGUUGUCAGUGCACCCGGUGCGGUGCCACUUGACAAGCCGCUGGCCAUUGCGCGGCAAUAUCUUCCCGAUACACCUGCGGUUCCGGUUCCACAGCUCGAGGAGGACUCGGACACGAACAGUCUAGACACGAAGACACCAACUAAUGAGCCGGCGCAACUGCCGCCUGAGAAGGAGGAACCUACGCCAGAUCCCAAGCCGAAGGUGGCCAGCCAGCCGCAGGCACAGCGAUACACGUUCUGGAGAUUGCCGAUGAAGUUCAGCGCGUCGGCCCCGGCGUCGAAGCACGCUUCACCGGUCCGCCAGCCAACACCGUUGCCGAGUGAGAGAGCAUCUCCGGCUCCUAAGAGUACGCUUGCUCUUGAGCCCAUCCACGAGACGAGUGGUGUCGAGCGUCCCACGACGGCUGUUCCCCUUCCGGCGGUUAUCAUUGCGUGCCUCGUCUGCCUCCUGCUCGGUAGCCUGCUGCGCUCCCUUUUGAGCGAGGCGGACUUUGUCAUUUACCCGCCGUCGGGGACGGAGCCGCCUGAGGGCGAGGUAUGGCGUGAGCUCAAGCGGCUGGGUGAGUGGAGGAUUGGGUGGAACACGGAUUUAAUCGUGGCGCUGGCCAAGCGCCGAGGGUAGAGAGAAGAAGACUGCACAAGUAGUAAUCUGUACAACUAAGCUUGACAUAUCACGCUCAAGGUGCUCUAAUGCACGAUACGCACGAGGGGCGACAUCACUACGAUUGGCAGGGUAUCUCUGCGUUCUCCUGGCUGGCCUCCAUUUCUCACUGCAACCCGCUCACCGUCCUUUCACGUCCUCGCCGCCUACUCGGGUGGCACGCUGCUGUCCGCUUCUGGCUUAAUUUCCUGGGCGAGCUUGCUCUUCCUCGGCUUGGCGGGCUUGCGUCUGCGUGGUGCGGGGCUUUCGCGAGCGCUGUCGUCGCCGUCCGCCUCACUUUCCUCAUCGAC